GGUGAAGUGAUGAAGUAUUGGACUUUUUUCCCGUUACGACAAGAGAUAACGGACCAACUAGGGGACACCACGAACAGCUUUCUUCCCAAUCUCCUCACCGAUAGCGCUUUUGCGAGUCAUUAUGCCACAGGUGGAGGAGCCACUUUGGAAAGCCAGUAUGCAGAUAGAAGUCAUCCUUUUUCAGGUACUAGCAGUACAUCAUCUAGUCCAGAAGCAACUGGAAGCAGGAUCAGCGACUUCGGAAGAUUACCGGUAUGGGGCUACGGCACUAUCGUGGCAUCGCGCUCUCCAGCACUCGGAGAAGGCACACGACUAUAUGGGAUUUGGCCUACGUCGACGUAUCUAGUGCUGGAACCAGAACAGCUUCCGCUCAAUGUGGUGAAGAGAAGUCGGUCAAGCAUCGUAGUCGUACCAGAAAUCGUGCCGAAAACACCACCUGCGGAAGAUCCGGACCCUCCCUCCAGCAGAUCUCGGUCACCAAAAAGCAAGACGGUCAACCGUUCCGCAAGAACGAGCAAUUCAUCCUUUGCGCAAGUAGUGCCAGCGCAGCAAACGAUGAAUUCCCCAUUCUCCCAGAGGUCUCCCCCGAACAAGAUGAUCUCAAGUUUGUCUCCUCUUCCACGUGGCAAUACCAAUAUGAUUCGAGACUCUUCAGCACAGCGCGGGUCGGAAAUGAUAAUUGACGUCCAUCCACAUAGGAGAGAGCAUUUGCCCAUUGUGUAUCGAACCUACCGCAUUUGUGAUGAGACGACUUGGCCUCUCUUAGACAAGUGCUGCAGCACGGAGGAGGACGAAAACCGAUUGGCUCUACUACAUCCUUUGUUCGCAACGGCGUUUUUCCUAGAUUAAGGCUUGUUGCAAUGAAUUCAUUUCCGACGGUCAUUUUCUUUCUUUUGCUUCUUCCUGGGAUUCUGAAGAAAUGAAGGAAACAAGUGCAUUUUGAUUAUAGUCAGGCGCUGGCUCGUCUAACUAAAAGACUAUCUGAAGUGGCAUGGCUAUUUUGGAGCCGACUCGCUUAUCGUUUCCUCCGCAAGCUGCAAAACCGCAGUUUGCUUCAUCAAAAUUCUCUACGAAAGUCGCCGCCGGCAGAGUAUAAUACAUAUUCCAUUCAUUGAAUAUGGGUGUAUCUGUAUAUUGGACGUUCUUUGUGAUGUAUCAUCUAUUUGAUGCAUUGUUGCGGCUAUAUUUUUUUUUCUUGUUCUUGGUUUUUUCAGGAUCUCGUCCGCGGCCCACUAUGGUUCCUCAGAAACUCUAGUAGAGUUCAAUUGAAGUACUUAGAUUUGACUGGAAGGAACACGCGUAUCAUGAGAAAAAUUUUCUUUUAGGUGUGUAUGCUACUACUAGACUAGUACAAUUUGCUCGAAGACGAAGAUUUGUGUCUUUUUUCUCACAAGCAAGGAUUGUCCCUAG